UUCAUUUGCUCUGUGAGCUUGCUUCGCGGUAACAAUAUCGUUAAACUUCGCUCAUUCCAAAUUAGACCACUUCUCUGAACGUACAGCACAAGUCCAAAACAAAUAUGUUCUUUAGGGUAAUCAUUUAGCUGCAUCUUACACCUAACUGCUUUCAACGCUAGCAGAGCUGUUUUUUGUGACAUCUGUGAAUCAAUUUCGAAGCAGAGGAUGCAGAUAUUUGUGUUUGCAGCAUUCGUGCUUUGGAUCCAAUGUUUCGUCGCAGCCGAACCGCGACCGAAGUGCCCGUCCCGCUGCGAUGUUAGCAAGUGUCCCAGCCCCAGCUGCCCCAGUGGCUAUGUCCCUGACCGCUGUAACUGUUGCCUGGUGUGCGCCCAGGGCGAAGGGAGCUCCUGCGGGCGCAAAGAGGACUUGCCGUGCGGGGACGGACUCGAGUGCAAGCACCCCGCGGGGAAGCGGCUCUCCAAGGGCGUGUGCCAAUGCAAGCAGAGCUACAAAGUGUGCGGCAGCGACGGCAAGACGUACGGCAACGUGUGCCGGCUCAAGGCGGCGAACAGGAAAGCGCUGCAGCAGGGCCUGACCUCUCUCACCCAGGCGCACAAAGGACCUUGUGAUGUCUCUCCAGGUACAGGUCCUCUACACCCCAACAGUCCAAGGUACAAAUUCAACUUCAUUGCCGAUGUUGUGGAGAAGAUUGCUCCGGCGGUCGUGCAUAUCGAGCUCUUCCUCAGGCACCCCCUGUUCGGCCGUAACGUGCCGCUGUCCAGCGGAUCAGGCUUCAUCAUGUCGGAGACUGGCCUCAUCGUCACCAAUGCCCACGUGGUGACGAGCACCACCAGCGUGUCCGGCCGACAGCAGCUCAAGGUGCAGCUCCACAAUGGAGACGUCUACGAGGCGACCAUCAAAGACAUCGACAAGAAGUCGGACAUAGCCACCAUAAAGGUCAACCCACAGAAAAGGCUGCCGGUGCUGUUGCUGGGCCACUCGGCUGACCUCAGGCCGGGGGAAUUCGUGGUCGCCAUAGGCAGCCCCUUUGCCCUGCAGAACACCGUGACGACGGGCAUCGUCAGCACGGCGCAGAGGGACGGCAAGGAGCUGGGACUGCGCGACUCGGACAUGGACUACAUCCAGACGGACGCCAUCAUCAAUUAUGGGAAUUCAGGUGGACCUCUUGUUAACUUGGAUGGAGAAGUGAUUGGAAUCAAUACUCUGAAGGUGACAGCUGGGAUCUCCUUUGCUAUACCCUCUGACAGAAUAAAACGGUUCCUUACUGAAUCCCUCAACAAAAAAAACAAAGUCAAACAAAGACUAAUAAGGAGAGUUUACCGCUUACCAAAACAUCAGUCUCUGGUGUCUGAUACAGAGGUGAAAGGCAUUAAGAAACGUUUUAUUGGAAUACGAAUGCUUACAAUCACGCCAACCCUGGCAGAAGAGCUGAAACAGCAGAAUCCUGAUUUCCCGGCCGUCAGCGGCGGCAUCUACGUCCAUGAAGUGCUGCCCAACUCCCCUGCCCAGAAGGGCGGGAUCAAAGCCGGUGACAUCAUCGUGAAGCUGAACGGGCGGGCGCUGACGAGCACCGGCGACCUGCAGGAGGCGCUAACGGAGGACACGGGUCUGCUGCUGGAGGUUCGCCGCGGCAACGACGACCUGCUGUUCAACAUCGAGCCCGACGUCAUCAUGCACUGAGGGGA